AUGAUGACGUGCCGUCUGCUGUGCGCCCUGUUGGUGGUUGCCCUGUGCUGCUGCCCGUCCGUGUGCGCGACAAAGGCUCAGUUGGAGGAUACUGGAAGUCUUGUUGAAGAAGUAGGCGAAAUACAGCCGCCUCUUCCACAACAGACACCUGCUCAGAAAGGUGAAGGGCCGGGCGCGGAAAAUGGAAAUACUGCCAGAGGUGCAGGGAAAGGAGGCGGUAAGACCACUCCGCAUCCGCAAUCAAGUGCUACUCCCAAUAAGGUACAAGAAAAAGGUGCGGAAGAAACUUCUGGGACAAAAAUUGUCACGAGAGCAUCCACAGAACAAGGAAAUAAAAAUGUCGACGAUUCUACCGAGGAAGCUGCUGCCACUUCUUCCCAGACGACCACGACGACGACAACAAAAUCACCAACCACGACCACGACCUCCACCACUACAACAGAGGCACCAAGUACUACGACUACAGAGGCGCCAACUACAACGACCACCCGCGCACCGUCACGUCUUCGCGAAAUGGACGGCAGCCUCAGCAGCUCUGCGUGGGUGUGUGCCCCGCUGGUGCUCGCCGCAUCCGCGCUGGCGUACACCGCUGUGGGCUGA